AUGCGCGACAUGGGCGAAGCGCGGGCCUGCGAGGAGGCGCUGUCCGCCUCGCUAGAUAUGAAGGCCAUCGCCGGCAACGGCUUCACCCCCCUGACCUUGGGCAUCCACGGCAUUUCGGACCUUUCGGUGGCCGCGGCUCCGGUCUCCGAUACCUCCAGGGACGCCGAAGGAGGGCUCGGGGAAAAGGAGACCAAGAUCGACCUGGAUGCCGCGGUGCGCGCCGUGGACGUUGCCCUGGCGGGGCUGGACCUGGGCUCCAAGCGGCCGCCGACCGGCCUGCCGCCCAGCCCCAACGAGCAGAAGCGGCCCCAGAGCACCCUGGGCUGGGGAGCUAGCUCGCCCCAGAAAUUCCAGGGCUUCAAGGCCGCGGCGCCGCGCCGCAGGGUCCCGGCCUGGCCGGAGGACGGCCCCCAGCUCUCCCGGUCCGAGUCGCUCAAGGCGCCGGAGCAGCAGCUGCAGCUGCAGAUCCAGCGGGGCUUCCAGGAGCCCCGGUUCCGGCCCGCGCAACACUCGCCUCCCGCCGCGAGCAACCGCAGCGCCCUGCGCUUCCUAAGCCCCGGCAGCGGCGUCGGCGGACUGGCCCACGCCUACACGGCGCCCGCCUUCCCCAGCACUGGGUGCUUCGCUCCCGAUGGGGACAGCGGGGUGGGCGGGUUCAGUCCGGUGGGGAUGCGGUCGCCCGUGCAGGGCGUUGCCUGGGACGGGUUGAACGGCCUUUCGCCCCAGGGCGCCUACGCGGACUGCCUGCGCGCAGUUCUGCUGCAAAAUAAACCAGCCAGCCCCUACGAGUCCAAGGCCGUGGGUUUCGGCACCGGCAACGAGUUUGGGGCAGGAUCUGAGAUACUGGCCAGCGUGCCGCCCUACAGGGCGGACAGCUGCCCGGAACUGCUGUCCGCCUCGCCGCCUUACACGCUUGCAGCCAACGUCGAGCGGUCUGCCACAAGCUUUGGAGGCCUGGGCUGCGGGAGGCUCGAGUUGAACCAGAACCACGACAUAGGCCUCCACAACCUGCCGGAGUCCUUGGACCUGUUCGAUGAGGAGGGUCUCUGGCAGCAGCCCGACUUCCUGCCAGAUGUGGUUCCGAUCGGCAAAGCAAUGGACCCCAAGACGAAGUCUGAACAGGCCAUGCUGGUGGCCAUUACAGGCAUCCUCAAGUGUGCUGUCGAGGGAAAUUUGACACCCAAGGAUGUGCUGUCGGACCUCAACUUCUUGAUCGUCACUGUGCGGCGCCACUUGGCGGAGUACCAGGCCUUGUCGAAUGAGGCUGCUGAAACCCUGCAGCUGAUAUGCAGCACGCUGCCAACAGUGUGCAAAUGUGCACGAUUCAGCGGAGAUGUGAUCGACUCUCUCAAGCGUUUCAUGCAGGUCAUCUGUACCGGCCACCCACUGUUGCAGGCACAGGGUAGCUGCCUGAAUAGCUACGACCCUGUGGACAACUUCGAACCCAGGCAGCACAGUGAGGUUCAGCACUUGCUGAGGCGGAUUCAUCGCAAGCUGACUGGUGGAACGACCAGCAAGGGUGUGCAGCAUGUGGCUCAUGCACUGUAUGAUGCAGUGGGCGACAAGUGCAGCUUGCAGAGCUCAAGCACAGGGGUGGACGUUGAGAGCCAUGGGAGCUCACCCAAGUCGUUCGGGCAGAGUCUCCUUGCUUCUCGAAGCACUGUUGCAGGGGCUCAAUCGCCAGGCUUUAGUGAUGGGGAUGCAAGUUCAACCACAACAG